AGGACUCUUCGCGGCUCGGGGAAGGUCGGGCAAAAACAUAUUUUAGCAAUUACUAGAGUCAGCGACAUGAAAAAAUAUUCAAAAUUUCAUUGAUCUCUUAAAAUGUGGAUACAAAUGUGUUGGAAUCGAUUGUUUAUCAAUCGGACAUUCCCGACAAAAAAGAUGAAUAGUGCCAAAACUUUCAUCGAGGUAUUUUUAGGGCUCUGGGGGUGGUAUCUAGGAUUUUCUUGAGCCUAUCACGUAUAUUCCCACGAGACGAAAUAUUGUUGUUAGUGGAGGAAGAGAUGAUUUUGCCUCUAAAAUAAUUUCCUAGUAGGAUUGGAUUGAUCGAGGUUGAAGGUAGCUAUUCAAGGGGAAUGAGGGUUUAGGGUUUCAGAGGAGUAUAAGGUAUAGGAGGUGGAUGAGAUGCUUUCCUUCUUUAUUGUCAUUAUUGGUCUAGUUGAGUCGAGUUGAUUCUUAUUGUUGUUAUCCGUCAUCUUGGGUGAGAUUAUUUCAACUGUGGUCAAACCCUAAUUAAGUCAAACCCUAAUUCGGGUCAAACCCUAAUUAAGUCAAACCCUAGUUCCCUCAAACAACUGUGGUCAAAAUAAUAUAUAAUUUAGUCAAACCCUAAUUCGGAUCAAACCCUAAUUAAGUCAAACCCUAAUUCCCUCAAACAACUGUGAUCAAAAUAAUAUAUAAUUUAGUCAAAUCCUAAUUCGGGUCAAACCCUAAUUAAGUCAACCAACUAUGGUCAAAUAAUAUAUAAUUUAGUCAAACCCUAAUUCGAGUCAAACCCUAAUUCCCUCAACCAACUGUGGUCAAAUAAUAUAUAAUUUAGUCAAACCCUAAUUUGGGUCAAACCCUAAUUAAGUCAAACCCUAAUUCCCUCAACCAACUGUGGUCAAAUUAACAAUUAUAUACUAAUUAUUCAACUAUCAAUAUUAAACUAAUUAAGAUACUAACAAUUAUAUUUAAAUAAAUCUAAUAAAUAUUUAUUUAAACCGAACAAUUCAAACCGAAUCAUAAACCCAAUUAGAUCGGUCCGACUGGCCGGAGCGAACGGGGUCCGACCAGACCGGGCGGACGGGGUCCACUCCGGCCAGUCGGACGGCGACUGAAAAAAAAAUUAAAAAAAAUGCUCUUUGCCGAGCUUCGGAGGUUGGCGACGACGAGAGCGAGCGAGGAAGACUCGAUUUGCGGCGGCGCUGCUGUGGCGUCCUCUUUGGCGGCAGCUUCUAGGCUCGGCGGCAGCUUCUGGGCUCGGCAGGAGGCUGGAGUCGGCGGCGGCGGGAGGUCUGGCAGGAGGAGGGUCGUCGACGGCGGGAGGACGGCAGGAGGAAGGAGGGUUGAAGGGGGGUGGCGGCAGAUGGGUUGAGGGUGGGAUAGGGUUAGGGGCAAAAUCGUCUUUUUUUCUAACUAUGGGCGGCAAAUAGUAAAACUGCGGGCGACAAAUAGCGAUUCAGUUUUCAAACUGCAUGAAGAUUUGUUGAUUCAUUUGUAUGCGUUGUUUUCUCUUAUCGCAAUUGAAUGAAUUAAUAAAUGGGAAAAGGUGGGUUGCUUUCUUAUCUAUAUUCUUUACCUAGUGAAAAAAAGGGGUUGCUUGCCCACUUGUUGUUUGUGUUUGCCUGGAUGCCAAGCAAAUCAUAAUUCUUAGUUUAUAUCUUUGGACGGUGAUGAGCUUGACAUCCACGUCUAAUCACCACUUCCAAGGUAAGACAUUUUAUCGUAUAAAUAAAUGUAUAGUGGCGUCCAUUUUCUAGCAUUAAAAAAAAUGUAAAGUCUAUUUAUUACUUAAAUUUUUUUUAGCUAAAUUUAUUGAAAUAAUAAAAAUUAGCCAAACAUUUUGUAAUAUGUUAAAGUAUUAAAUUUUUUACGUUAUUGUUAAUAAUUUUGUAACUCUUUUCUCAGUUAAGAUAAUAAAAUGUUGAAAUGUUGUCCUUCGUGUGUCUCUUCCAAGUCAGUAUCAUGUUGUCAAGUAAAUAUUAUUAACAAAACUGCUAACAGGAUGUUAACAUUUGACUAAUUAUUAGUAAUUCAAUAGGUUGGCUAACAAAAAAAAUUCUGAAAAAGGUUUGGCUAAUAAAUAAUCAUUAUCCUAAAAUAAAUAUCAUUAUAUAGUAGCUACUUUGGUGAGAUGAUUAGUAUGAUUCUGAUUAGAAUCCAAUUUAUGAAGUAUGGUAGAUGUAUUUUGAGCAUUUAAUAUAGUGGUAAUAGAUAUCGAUAUUUAAGCAUCUCCUUAAAGUUCAAGUUAUUGAAUUUAGUGAAUUUUCGAACUGAUAUUUCAUAUUUGAUUGAGAACUUUUGUAUUCGAAUCCUUACGAUUCUCAAUAGCUGUACUUAUAAUUUAUUAGAGACUUGGAUUAACUAACCUUAGUUUGUUAGAGACUUUGAUUGUCAAACGUUGUAUUCCAAUCCUCAUGACUUUUAAUAAUAUUGUAAUUAAUUUAACACGCAAGUAAAAAAAAAAAAAAUUGGACUUGUGAAAACUGGUCGAAGGCAUCAAACCAUAAUUAAUUGGUUUUCGUUUAGGUAGGUAAAAGAACGAUAUCACAUUCACAAUACGAUGUUGUUGGAUGUCGAUUAGGCGGCAAAAAAUAGUUGGGUGUGACAGUCAAUUGGUUAAAGAUGAAAGGAAGAUGCAGGAGUUUUUUUAUAAGGGUGAUAUAGGUUUAAAUUUUGUGGUUAUUGUACUAAUAAAUGGAUCGAACCUGAGACCUCCAUAUUCAAACCUAAUGAUAUUAUCUCUAAACCAAACUCUUAUUCGUAGGAACAUGCAUGAAUUUUUUUUAUCGAGAAACACGUAUAUAAUUAGGUACUGCCUUAUCCUAACCAUCCAAACCAAACAAGAACCUAAUGACCAGAUAUUUGCGAUUUGAUUCAACCACAUGUAAGUCUUUUGCAUGGAUGCAAUACCAUUGUAUGUGCCCACUUGCUUCCCCAAUCAAAGGUAGCUCGUAAUCUUGAUUGUUCAAAAUAUAAUUUGGAAAUUCGGUUUUGUACUAUUCCAUGUGUUUGGUUGGUCUAUGACUAAGGCAUACAGAGAUGGCCAGCUUGUAAGAUAGCAAACAUAUGCAUUAAAGAAGGUUGGCAAGGGAAAAAUGGAGUUUAGUUAAUUAGUUCCAUUGAUUUUUCUGUGCCUCCCAUAAGUUUGUACGUGUGGACUGAGAAGAUGCCCCUCUUCCAGAGGCAACUUAGUACGUAGAGGCAAACCCUUUUAUCCUUUUGGUAUAUAAACCGUUUUGUUUUUGGUGAUCUUACUUUUUUUUGUGUAUUAUAUGUAUCAGUCUCAUAAUCAUUAUUCUGAGCAAACGAUUCGGGUUAAAAAUAAUAUCAAUCACUACUU